AUGUUGACAGGCCUGGAAAUGAGGGACAUGACUCCAGGGACAACAGCAGUGCAGAGGAAUGCAUCAAAAGCCAAAUGGAUUGUAGAAAUGGAGGCUCUGCCUUGGGAACCAUUGUUGAUGGGUUACGAGAUUCUGAAGGUGAAGGAAACUCUGAAAGUGGAGGACAGAACUCCAGAAGUAUUUGCAAUUUUGGUGAAAAUGUGUGUAGCCCAAGCACUUGUGAGAAUGGAGGGUACAGUUUUGGGAUCAGUACUGGAAGAAGCAGACAUGUUUCUAGUGGGAAUGCUGGUCUUGAAAGUGGUGGUUAUGGCUCUAAGGAGGGAGCUGAAUCUGGAACUAAUGGAUAUGGCUAUAGAGUCAGGCCUUCUUAUGAAGGUGGAAGGACAUCUCCUGUUUUGCUUCAGCUAUCUUGGUUCCAGUUCUGAAGAAGCUAUCAUGAGUCGACAGUACAGUUCCAGAUCCUUUAAUGGAAGACGGAGUUACUCAUCUCCCUCAGCCAUCAGCACUGGAUUUAGGGAUGGCAUCAGAAGUGGUGGCUACACCAGCAUAAGCCACUAUAAUAUUGGGCGAAGCAGGAAACCUUCUGGUGGAGGUCUUAGUGGAUAUGGAGGAAGUUCUGCUGGAUAUAGUACAGGCUAUAGGGAUUUCAGUAGCUUAGCUUAUAGUUCUGGACCUGUGGAUUUGGGUCCUGGAACUGGCAGGUCUGGCGGUUUUAGUAGUGUAAGCACAGGAGGCCACAGCCGAAUUGGAGGAUACAGCAGCCAAAGCCUUGGAGGUUUUAAUAGACGCGGUGGCUUCAGCAGCCGCAGUCUUGGUGGUGGUUAUAGCAGAAGCUAUAGGAUUUCAGGCUUUGGGAGUCAAAGUCUGGGCAGCAGCUUCUAUAGCAGAGCUGCUGUUGCUGGUGAUGGUGGACCAUAUGAGCCCCUCAACCGCUAUGGUGUAAGCGGUGGGAUCCAUGGGGUCCGAGUCAAUGCAAACCUCUUGCGGCCCCUCUGCAUACAGGUUGACCCAGAGAUCUCUCGAGUGAAAGAGGAAGAGCGAGAUCAGAUCAAAACCCUCAAUGAUCAGUUUGCUGGUUUCAUCGACAAGGUUAUGCACUUGGAGCAACAGAACAAGCUUUUGGAAACAAAGUGGACCUGCCUUCAGCAAACAGAACCUGAUCAAAAGAACAGUACUGAACCUCUGUUUGAUAACUACCUUGCCACGCUGAAUAGGCAGCUGGGGAUUUUGUUGAAUGAACGGGAACAGCUGCAGUCAGAGCAAACCAAAUUCCAAGAUCUAGUUGAAGAAUAUAAAAGCAGGUAUGAAGAGGAAAUUAAUCGACGUGUGGCUGCAGAAAAUCAAUUUGUUGAGCUGAAAAAGGAUGUUGAUGGUGCAUAUGCUUCUAAGGUGGAGCUGGAGGUUAAACUGGAAACCUUAAGACAGGACCUAGAUUUCUUCAGAUGUUUUUAUGAUACGGAACUGGAAAUCUUGAACUCCAUGACUUAUGACACCAGUGUUGUUGUGUCCAUGGACAACAAUCGAGACUUCGACAUGGAGGGAAUCAUUGCUUCUGUGAAAAAUCAGUAUGAGGAGAUUGCACAGAGGAGCAAGGAUGAAGUCAAUAUCCUGUAUGCAACCAAGUACCAAGAGCUGCAGGAUACCUGGGGACGUCACUGCAACAACGUUACGAGCAGCCGCCAAGAGAUCCAAGACCUGACUACACUUAUCAAAAGACUCAAGGUUGAUAUGGAAAAUGCCAAAAAACAGGUGGAUGCAUUACAGACUUCUAUUGCUGAAACUGAGGAACGAGGGGAGAGUGCCCUGAAGGAUGCCAAAGCAAAACAUGCUGAGGUGGAGCAAGCCAUGCAGACGGCUAAGGAUGAGCUUGCUCGCCUGCUCAGAGAUUACCAGGAGCUGCUGAAUGUCAAGAUGGCUCUGGAUAUUGAAAUUGCCAUGUACAAGACACUGCUGGAGGGAGAAGAGAACAGGUUAUGCAAUUCUACAUCUGUUAACAUAUGUGACCCUCCAGCCACCUCCAGGGAAAUCCGCCGUAGCUCUUCCCGCGAAGGCCGUGCUGCUGAGCCUACAAGAAGCGGUAUCCAUGGUUAUUCCUCUAGUGCCAGUAGAUCGGCUGACCCCACAAGAAGUGGCUAUUCCUCUGAUGAUCGCAGAGGGGAUCGCAGAGAUGUGAGCGGAUGCCGUGCUGUGGUGCGGCGUGAGAGGCAGAAGAUUUUGAUCGCUGGCCACAGCAUGGUGUUCUGGGCGGCCCACCAGGCUCGACGCUCGCCAAUUGGAUCACAAUUGGGGCUCAGCAAGUGGGCCGUGGUCGAGUGGCAGGGCCGGCGGGGCCUUCGAUGGUCCGGGCUCCUGCCUCUCUUGUUUCGGGGGAGGACGGGUCCUCCGCCACACAUUUUGGUGAUCCACCUCGGUGGAAACGACCUUGGUUUGUUGAAAGGGAAGGCCCUUUCACUGCAGGCCAUGGAAGACCUGCGGAGCAGGUGGCCCGAGGUGCUGAUUUUGUGGUCUGCCAUCUUGCCACGCAGGGUGUGGAGGGCUGCUUGGGAUCCUGUGGGGAUCGACAGAGCCAGACGCAAGGCUAACAGGGCAAUUAAGAAAGCGCUUUGUGGUGGCCUUGGUAUUUACUUGCCACACCCUGCUAUAAGAGUGGAAAUGGCGGACCUGUAUCUGCAGGACGGCGUCCACCUGUCCAUGAAGGGUAAUGGGGCCUUUUUGAACGAUCUUCGGCUGGGGUUGCGGUUGGCUUUAGGCCAACCGGUGGGCCCAAUUGCCUAA